AUGGGAAAGAAGACGAACUGGACGACAACAGAAGACCAGACCCUGUGCCGUGUCUGGCUGACCGCUGGUGAUCUGCAGCUACAGGGAGGUGAUCAAAAGGCAUCCAAUUUUUGGAAUGUUGUGCGCAAACUCUUUCACCAAGAGAUGGAAGCAAGUGUGGAGCGCCCUCUUAAUGGGCUAAAAGUCCGCUGGACGCGCAUUAACAAGGAUUCACAGAAAUUUGCGGGUAUCUAUAACGAGAUCCAUAGCAUGCAAUGUAAGAUGGAAAAGAAGGAUAUCGGGGAAUCGUGUGACGCUACGAUAGCUUCGCUGAUGGAACAGCAAUGGAUUGACGAGGCAAAAGAUGCAUUUUACCGCUACUAUAAUGUUAAGUUUACAUUUGAGGGCUGUUGGAAGCAAUUACGCUACUCCUCGAAGUGGCUCCAGAUGUUCGCAAGCUCUAUACAUCAUCCCACGCUUUUGAUCAAUUCACUGACAGCGUCGACAAUGAAAGAGGGGACAGCACAAGGACCGUCCUCGUCCAGCAGCGAGGAGGAGGCCGACGCAAAUGAUGAUAACGUCACCAUUACGCCUGCAGCUCCCAACUCUGCUACUAUAUCAGCUUUACCGUCUUGCUCCAAUAGUGCGUCUAUAUCUUCGGCAGGUGCUGCGGUCGCGGUCGCUGCAAUAAGCCAGGCUUCAUCACACUCGAGCGCAUUUGCCAUUCCUCUCAGUCAUAAACAUCGAGCUGAUUUGUCGUCCGAUUUAUGUACCAGCCAGCAAUUGCAAGGACUGACUGUAUCAUUGUUGGAAGAGCUCAAGCGGCAGAAUGACUUAAUUGAAGACCAGAACGCUAUUGCAUUGCUUAAAGUCGACAGCGAGUUGUUGCUGGACGCAGACGCUCAACACUCUUACCAAUCGCUUCGAGCUCGUUAUUUUAAGAAAUCGCGCACACAUCAUACCUACGAUAACAAUGCGCGAACCAACACAUUAGUCUAA